UUUCUGUUAACUGGUGACAGCAAGGAUUAUUAUUUGCCGCCCCAAUAUCUCUUCGAUUCCAAUUCCACUGUUUGCAAGCAAAGCAAAUAAAAGAAAAGCAAAAGCAAAAGCAAAUUCCUUUUGGAAAGAAAAAAAACAAGAAAAUGCAGGACUCUUCCAGACCGGUAACUGGUUACCCGGUUCAUAACGUUAAUGGCUGCGGUCCGCCACCCCCCGCCACCUCCACUACCGCCUACCCUUACGUUAACCCCAGCCCAUACCCUUACUACCCAGCGCCCCCACCUCAAAACCCUCGCCCCACCUUCUUCCGCCGCCUCUUCGUCGCCUUCGCCGUACUCUUAAUCAUCUUCGGCACCAUCCUUCUCAUCUUCUGGCUCGUCCUCCGCCCUCACCUCCCCGAUUUCUCCAUCCAAUCCAUCUCCCUUUCCAACUUCAACGCUUCCAACCAGCGCGUGAACGGCACGUGGAAUGCCCAGUUCCAGGUCUCCAACCCCAACAAGAAGCUCUCCAUCUACUACGGAGACAUCGUUUCGUCGGUUUUCCACAAGGACGACUUCUUGACUGAGACGAGGAUCGGACCGUUCGUGCAGGGCACGCGCGAGGUGAACUCGGUGGAGGCCAGUUAUUCGGUGGUGAAUUCUUUCGUGGAAGGAAAGGUUGUCGACGCGAUGAAUGGGGAGAGGAGCCGUGGUGAGAUCAAGUUCAAUAUAAAGGUGGUCGCCGACGUUGCGUUUCGAUACGGGGGGUGGAGAGGACGGCGUAGGAUACUUAGGGUUUGGUGUGACGACGUGGCGCUUACUGGUUCCUCCGGAAAGAUGACCGGCGGUUUCAAAAAAUGCAGUGUUGAUUGAUUUACUACAUGGAAUGUAAAUCAAAUUUCACUCGUAAUUUGGUUCAUGAAACUUGAGAUGCGAGGGAGCGAUGAUGAAUGUGCUGUCAUCUUUAUCUGCAAUGGCAUAUGCCAUUCUUUGUCAUGCACCAAAAUUCUUCCAGCUUUUGAUUUUGGUUUGUAUUUUGGAUUUUUCAGGAGCAGAUGACUAAGAUGAAUGACAUUCAUGGUUAAAAGGGAAAGAAUAGAGAAGAAAAGAGGCAGGGAAAGAAUGAAAAGGCUACAAAUGGGAGGAAUUGUUUGAGUAGUUUUGAGGGAUGUUAAUCUGCCCCCAACAAUCUUUAUUUAUCUUUCAUCCUGUGUUAAAUAUAAAUGUAAAUUUUAUGGUUCUCUUUUAGGUGUUCUAUUUAUAUAUAAUUAUAAUUAUAGUUUCGGCCAAGAAGUUAUAUUUAUUUGAAUCUAGAGUGAAUAAAUUACUAAUUUGCGAUUUAUUAAUAAA